CAGCCCUACAAUACACAGUAACACACACACGUGAUUCCAACAUCAUCAUGAGCCAAUUCACACAUUCAGUAAAAGUGCCCACCCAAUAUAAAGUAACAGCGAAAAUAUUAAAAGCAGCUAUCGAAAAGCAAAAGUCAAUAAAGUCUCUGAUAUUUGAGGAAAAACAUGCGCGUGUACGCAGCUUGCAGGCGGUGCUAAAGCAUUACAGCGACAACAGAGGAGCUAUCGACAGUGCUAUCGAGGAGACGGGAUUGCUGAAAGACAAUCCAAACUUGGACUCGGCGCUGGCAAAAGUGCUUGUCACUGAAUUAAUUUUUGGACGAGGACAACUGAACGGGGAGAGCAGACCAGUGCAAACAGUGCGCUUGUACAAAGAUCGACUGCAGGAGGUGAUCAAAGGCGCGGGAUUCGAGAAGAAAGAACCCAAUCCACGCUAUGUGCGCAUCAAUACCAAUCUGCUCAGCAUUGCCGAUGCUCUGGAGUAUUUGGCCGGUGAGGAGUGGCGACGCAAGGAGCUUGAUCCCGACAUAUCAUACGCCGACUUUCUGGCUGCCGUACGCACUCUAGAAGAGGAUGAAUUCAUUGUGGACUUGAAUGUGGAAGGGGUCUUGAUAUUCCAUCAUAAGAGCCGAAACUUCUGGGCCUGUCAUGACUUUGUUUUUAGCAAAAAGUUUAUACUUCAAAAUAAGGCCACUUGCCUGGCAGCUGAGUUACUUGCACCGCCUCCUGGGUCUACUGUGCUGGACAUGUGCGCAGCUCCAGGCAUGAAGACCUUGCAUAUUUGCAAUGUGAUGCAGAACCAGGGUCGCAUCUAUGCUGUGGAGCAAGCCAGAGAUCGCUACAAGGCGCUAUGUGAUAUAACAGAGGAGGCUGGAUGUCAGAUAGUUACCCCCAUGAUUGCCGAUGUUCUUACAAUUGGUCCACAGCAAUGCCCUGAUGUCGAGUAUAUUCUAGUGGAUCCCAGUUGUUCUGGCAAUGGAAUGCAGGGUCGCAUCAGCGUUUGCGACGAGCAAAAGGAUGACAAACGUCUCUUCAAACUGGCUGGUCUACAAAUCAAGAUUCUAUGCCAUGCCAUGAAAUCGUUUCCCAAUGUCAAGCGCAUUGUCUACUGUACUUGCUCGCUUUGGAAGGAGGAGAAUGAGCAAGUUGUCCAGCGUUGUCUGCAACUUAAUCCUUCGUUUAAAAUGCUCAACGGCAAGAAGGCGCUGCGGAAUAAGUGGCAGAAUGUCGGUGACAAGGAGUAUGCUAAGAUCGGCAAGAAUUGCUUGUAUUGCCUUCCCGAUCACGACCUUACCGAUGGAAUCUUUCUGGCCAUGUUCGAGAGAAUCAGCGAAGAUGAUCAGAACUAGAGAAAAUAAAGCAGUAGGUUUACAAAAAAAAACUUUAUUCGAGCUUUUUACAGGUAAUUUCAAAUUCAACUUAAUUGGGCUUACAAUUAUAAUGAACAUUUGUAAUAUUCUUCUUUUGGCAUUUGAAUAAAAAAAUAUAAUAUAC